GAUAAUUGAUUAACGAAAUUGAUAAGUGCAGGAAACAGCACUGCACGCAAAAGCGGGGCGGAGUCCACCGAUGUUGUCACCAUACAGGGUACAUAAUAUCGACAAAGAUAAACCAAUCUUAUCUAUUUGAGUACACUGUAAAUAAGGAGGAUUAUUUAUGUUGAUCACUGACACCAAUAUAUAGCAAAGUAAUGAUGCGGUUAACAGUUCUGGUAUUUUUGCUGUCACAUCAAAUCUUCACCAAUGGGGAUAAAGACGUUACGACAAUGCAAAUACCAAAGCCAACAGCUACACCCAAUGUGCCACCUUCUUCAAAGUUAACAUCUACGCCAGCAGCAAACACUAUAACUUCGCAAGCAACGAUAGAUACGCCAGCGCCAAAAACUUCGCAAACAGUGACAUCUACGCCAGCAGCAAACACUGCAACUUCGCAAGCAACGACAGAUACGCCAGCGCCAAAAACUUCGCAAACUGUGACAUCUACGCCAGCAGCAAACUCUACAACUUCACUACCAACGACAGCUACAACUUCACUGCCAACGACAGCUACGCCAGUAGCAAAAACUACAACUUCGCUAACAACGUCAGCUACACCAGCACCAAACAGUACAACUUCACAACAAACGACAGCUACGCAACCGCCAGCAACUUCGCAAACAGUGACAUCUACGUCAGCAGCAAACGAUACAGCUUCACUACCAACGACAGCUACGCCAGUAGCAAACACUACAAUUUCGCAACCAACGACAGCUACACCAGCACCAAACAGUACAACUUCACAACAAACGAUAGCUACGCCACCGCCAGCAACUUCGCAAACAGUGACAUCUACGCCAGCAGCAAAGACUACAACUUUGCAACCAACGCCAGCUAAGCACACUUCCACUUCGCAACGAGUAACAUCUACGCCAGUACCAAACCCAUCAACAGUGCCACCAGUGAGAUCUACGCCAGCACCAAAAACUUCAACAUCUCAGCCAGUGACAUCUACAUCAGCAUCAGAUACUUCAACUUUGCAACCAGUCACAUCUACUUCAGCACCAAUAACUUCAACUUCUCAACAAGUUACAUCCACGCCAGCACCAAUAACUUCAGCUUCGCCCCGAGCCACCUCUACGCCAGCACAAACCUCUUCAGCUUUGCCUCCUGCGACAUCUACGCUAGCACCAAACCCAUCAACUUCGCAUCCAGUGACAUCUACGCCAGCACCAACUCCUUCAGCUUCGCAUUCAGCCACCUCUGUGUCAGCACCAACCUCUCCAGCUUCGCAUCCAGCGACAUCCACGUCAGCACCAACUUCUCCAGGACCAUCAUCAGAAGCAUCUCCAGCAAGUUCUGGUUCCUCGGGUAAUUCAGAUAAUACCAAAAUCGUUGUACCGGUUGUCGUGACAUGUGUUGCGUUAUUCUUCGUAUCAACCAUCGUUGUUAUCAUAGUUCUAAGAAGACGAAGAAGUGCACUCUUAUAUCGUUUCCAGAUGAGACGCCUGAUUGCAGAUGAUGAUGACCGGAUAUUGUUUGGGGAGACUGAUAACUUUGUUAAUGGUGGAUCCGAGUUUUAGUAAUCCACUUUACAGAAAACUGACUGUCUGUUGAUUAAAUACCAUGGAACGGAACAAUAUUGUAAACAAGGGUGCCUUUUACUCUACAGGUUAUUUAGUUCUUGUGUUAACGACUGGAUUAAGACAGGCGCCUUAGGGGCUGCAGCUCCGGGGCUCAGUCAGCUAAAGGGCAUCGAGAGAUUAAGUUGAAGGAGCUAAGUCUCUAACUCAAUAUUUUCCAUAAUUCGAAAUUGAAAACACGAAUUAGAAUUCAAUAUUAAUCAAGUUCAAUCAAUAUUGAUGCUGUUAUCUUGUCGUGAAACUAUAGAAUCCUAAUAUCCAAUAUUUCUAACACAAUUAACAUUUUAUAAUCCGUACACGAGACGUCUACCAUAUGGUUUCGGGUGCCAUUUUGUAAUGAACAAAUAAAAACAUAUCCCACGACACAAUGUUUAGGGGGGUUGGGAUGGCCUAGUGGUCUAGAGUGUCACGCUUCGACCUCUAGUUGGCCGGUCACCUCUGGCUUGCGGCUGUGGUUUCGAUCCCAGGUGUGAGCGUAUGUGGCUUGGAGAUAGGGGCGCCUUCUCAACCUCGUGGGUUUACUCCGGGUACUCCGAUUUCCUCCCACAGCAAAGACCCCUGCGCGUGCGCUAAGAUCAUUAAAAUGAACUUGUCUGCGAUAUCACCUUCGGUGGAAGCGGACGUUAAACGCUAAGAACAACAACACAAUGUUUAAGUAAUAAGUUAAGGCUGAUUCACGAACGGCAAAAUAAUAAUUUAAAAAAUGUGUAGAAUGCACUAAGUAGGCGUAAACAAAUGCCUUUUAAUUUGAACUGUUCACGUAUUUCACCGAACAUAAUUGACUAGAAAUUACAACGUAGUUUUCAAAAAUUGCAUAUAAAUCACUUAACAUAUAUUCAUAUUACAUUAAUAUGUGCUUUUAGAAUCAUUUUUGUUCUAUUUCUUUGUUACAAAAAUAGAGUCAUAGGCCCUUUAAAUGUUAUUUCAUUGGAACGGAACACUUUCCGUAGUCCGGGGACAUAAUAUAAAAUCUUAAUCCGACUCUGGUGUUUCCUUUUUUCAAAUAAAGACAUUUUGCAUUAACGCCUGAAGUAUUAAUUAUGGAUAACCCAUAAAUUAGUGGGGUUUUCUUUUACAAAUAUUUCCUAAUCAAAACAUUAUAAAUGGACGUGUUUUAAUAGACUAAACAUCAUCUUUUAAUGUGUAAAGUUUCAAGUGCAAUUUGUGUGUACACACAAUUCAAUUACAUUUAUACAUGUUUCAGUUUGCGUAUGUUUAAAUUUGUGUGUACAUGUUUAAAUUUGUGUGUACAUGUUUCAAUUGGUGUGUACAUGUACUUGGUGUAUACAUGUUUCAAUUGGUGUGUAUAUAUUGCACCUGUACAUGGUUAUGUUUGUGUAUAUGUUUGUGCACAUCAUGUUCAAAUUUGUGUGUACAUGUUUCAAUUAAU